UUUCCUCCUCCUUUCCUUCUCCUCCUCCUCCUCAAUGGCGUCCGAUUCCUCGGUGGACCUUACCUCCGUCGACGCUCUUGAGCUGCUGCCCGACAACACCGCGGUCAAUUGGCAUUCCUAUGCCCAAACCGUCACGGUGCUUCUCUCCUCGGUGACGGUCAACGGCUACAACCUGAAAGCCGUUGUCCAUCUCGAGGAGCGCGGUCUUCAGCCUGCCCAGCCGAUUGCUCCCGCGGGCCCUGCACCUCCUCCUCCUGGCGAUGCUCCCGUCAGCCCUGGUGAUCCUCCAACCUUCGCCCCUGACGUCAACGACCCUCAGAGCUCCGAGACCGCCAUUCGCACCUACCGUGCCGGCCUCACCGACCACGUCCGCCAGCAGCUGCUCUUCCCGCGCCGAGCAUGACGCCGCCACUGCCGCCUACAACACGUAUCAGGCGGAGCUCGCGGAGUACGUCAGGCGCGAGCGCGCAUACAUCACCGACCUCACCGCCUGGCGUGUCGCCGACCGGCGCGCGCUCACCGUCCUCCUCGCCACCAUUCCUCCCACCCUCAAGCGCGAGCUUGCUCCCACUUCCUCCUCCCACCUCUGGCGCCUCCUCACCGAUCUCUAUGAUCGGCAGGACGUUGCCACCCUCUACUCCCUCAUCAAGGAGUUCCAGAGCCUCACCAUGGACUCUACCACCGGCGCAGCUGCCUUCACGCGUCGCGUCCUCGACCUUGCUUGGCGCCUGGCGGCUCUUGGCGUGCCGUACCCGGACCCUAUGCUAUGUUGCCACCUCCUUGAAGGCUUGACUCCUGCCUUCGACACCCAUAAGAUCGCCUACAUGCAGCUGAUCGACAAGCGCAUCACCCCAGCUGAAGUCGCCCAAGAAGUGGGUGUUUUGGGUGAAGCAAAUCCUGGCGAGCCGUCGGUCUACAAGGCCCGCUACGUCGCCAAGGGCUUCACCCAGUGCUACGCUGUCGACUUCUUCGACACCUUCUCUCCCACCGCCAAGCCCGCUACCAUUCGCGCAGUCCUCGACCUCGCAGCUCGCCUCAACAUGGAGAUUCACUCCAUGGACGAGGUGUAGUCAUUAUAAAUAUUGGGGGGUUGUUGGUUGGGUUGACCAACCCCACAUUUGGGUUGGUCAAGAUUGGAUUUGGUCCUAGACAUUUGGUUGGCACUAUUCCAACCAAAUGGUCCUUGGUCCUAGGAACCAACCAAUCACCAAGCACCACACUUUGUGGUUGCUUGCCUUCCAAGCAAUCUCUCUCAUUGGUCCACAUUGUGGCCAAUCAGAGAGCACCACACUUUGUGGUUGCUUGCCCUACAAGCAACCUCUCCCAUUGGUCCACUUUAUGGCCAAUAGGAGAGCUUCCCUUCCAACUCUUCCUUGCUCCUUGUUUUGUACAAAAGAGCCUCUUGGCUCCCUACUCAAUCAAUCUUUUCUCUUCCAAGCUAUUUCCUUCACGGAUUUCGUCGGUCGAAGCUCCGCACAUUUCCGCGCAACUCCAAGAGUCGUGGCAAACUGCGAACUUCUCAGAAUGUCGCAGGGAAUGUUCCUCUAGAACUUACGCGUUCGCGAGAUCGAGGCCGUUUGCCCCCAAGAAAAAAUCGGCUCCGUCGAUGCAGUUCAUCGAACGGUCGGCGAGGCAUCUCGCCUUCGAAGGGGACCCCAGGUGCAACUGUGCGAGGUUAGUCGAAACGAAAUAUGAAAGAGCAUUGUACUUACAGGAAUAGACGUUUUGACUCCAUCCUCGGCGUGCUCCUGGGGGCCCAGCUGUUAAGCGUUGAGCUGAAACCUUGGCUCUAAUUAC